AUGUUAAAAUUAUUACUGUAUAUUGGAGUAUUUUCUAUUUUGAUUUAUUCACAAGAAGAAUGGAGAGCUCCUGAUCCACCAACAUCAAUUAAGACAAAAGCAACUACUAAUACGAUAACAUUAUGGUGGGAACCACCAGAAUCUUAUAAUCAAUUUUUAGUAAGAGGAUAUACUAUAUCAUAUGGUAUUGGAACUCCAUCAAGAAAGAUUGUUCUUGAAGGUCUCCAUAUCAAUUCAUUUACCAUUGAAAAUUUAAAACCUAAUACAACUUAUGUUAUUGUAAUGACAGCAUACAAUGAAGCUGAUGAAGAAGAUAGUGAUAAAGUUUUUUUAACAGAAACUACUGAUGUAGAAAAUAAAAUUGAUAAUGACAUGAUAUAUAAUUAUUUAAAAGUACCCCAAAUAACUGAUGUUAUUCCAUUAAAAAAUGGUAUCAUUGAAUUGAAAUGGGAUGAUACAAAUAAUAUAAAUUCAAUGAAAAAUUAUUUUAUAAGAUAUAAUAUUUAUGGAAAUGAUGAUGAGGAAGAAGUAAUAACAAUAAAUAAAAAUAUUUUAAUUGAUAAUUUAGAACCAGGAACAAAAUAUGAAUUUAAAGUAAAAGUUAAAGAUUCAGAUGGUAAUGAGUCAGAUUUUAGUGAAAAAAAAUCUGUAGUUACAUUAGAUAAAAUUAUAUCAAUUGAUACAGAAUCAUUUGAAUGUAAUUUUGAAAAAGGAAAUGAAUGUAAAUUUGUUACUGAUGGAGAGUGUCCUCUUAAAUGGAAAAAUAUAAAUUCAAAAGAACCUGAUAGUUAUUAUCCAUCACCUAGAUUUGGAGAUAUAUCUCAAGAUUCAUUUCAUUAUAUGAUUUUAGAAGCAUCAUCAGAUCCAUAUGAUACAUUUGGAAGAUUAUCCUCCCCAUACUAUCAAUUAAUUCAUGAUAAUAAUUUUUGUUUAACAUUAUGGAUUUAUGUAACACCAUCAUCUCAUGGAAGUUUUACAAUUUUUAUGAAAUCAUAUGAAUCAAAAGAACAUGAUAUAAUAUAUAAAGAAAGAUUUGAAAAAAUGUUAAUAUCUCAUUGGUCAAAAUUAAGUUUAGAUAUAAAAAAAUCUCAUUCCAUUUUCAAGAUAAUUGUUGAAGGACAAAAAUCUGUUACAAGUGAAAAAUUUAUGAUAGCUAUAGAUGAUUUUUCUAUUAUAUCAGGUCAUUGUGAAAAUACCUGGAAUGGUGAUACAAACAUUAUAAAUGAUAAAAGUAUGUUUUAUUUUUAA